AUGCCGGAAACUAUAUCGACGCAGCAAAGUCAUGGCAGCGUUGCUGAUAGUACUUCUAUUCGAUCGACCAAAUCAAACUCCAGCUUCUUUAAUGCUGCAAAGAGCAAGAGCAAGCUAAACCUGUCACGGCUUUUUAGGGGGAGCGGCGGUGCCAGUGGGCACCCGCAGCACAGCAGCGGGCGUGGGCAGAGUGGUCUUGGGCAGCAGACGGGAUCUACGCACGUGGGCGGAACGGACAAGCUGCAACUGGAUACGCUGCUUUCUCCGCGACCCAGCAACUGGUCAUCACAGUCGGGCGCUCAAGAUGGACUGCCGAACUUCCCGUCGUCGCCGUCUCUAUCGACGAUGACCAGCCGGGGGGUUCAUGGAAUUCCCAUGUUUGGGGACGCUAAGAAGGGCGAGGUGCAGCUACUGUAUAAUCCGGGUGAUCAGGAGGCGCAACACAAAUUGGAAAAGUCGCCCGGCGCCUACUCGGCGACUACUCUUGACACGUCACCUCAUCCGAAUCAGCAUUUGACUCAGUACUUGCAGAGUCAGAUUGAGUCCAUCCGUGAUAAGGAAGCGCAGCGGCAUCAGUUGACGCCGCCGCCAGCAAAGGAACCUAGCCAGAUUAAGAAGUCAUUGCGUUUGAAGCGCUUUUUAAAGUUCCCCAGUUCCAGCAAACAAGAAGACAAGACCCCACCGCCACAGCAAACUGUUAUACCGGCAACAGCAGUUAUAACUGAUCGUGAAACGAUACAGAUGACUCUUUAUGGGUCGGACGAUGCACAUGCGUUAAUCAAGAAGUUUGGGAUCCCUGGCAAAGUUCUGGGAGAGGGUGUUUCUGGGUCUGUGUCUGUCAUCAAGUCGACUGACGGGCAGCUUUUCGCUGUGAAACGGUUUAGACCCCGGGCACCGCGCGAGACAUUGAAGGAGUACUCGCGUAAAGUGACUUCCGAAUUUUGCACGGGAUCCACUUUACGUCAUCAGAAUAUUAUCGAGACGUUAGAUAUGCUGCAAGAGGGCGAGCUUUUCUUGGUGGUCAUGGAGUAUUGUCCCUAUGAUUUCUUCAAUCUUGUCAUGAGCAACCAAAUGACAAAGCACGAGGUCUGGUGUUACUUUAAACAAAUAUGCCGUGGUGUGGAUUAUUUGCAUUCCCAAGGGCUAGCGCAUCGCGAUCUGAAACUUGAUAACUGCGUAGUGACUGCAGACGGAAUUCUCAAAUUGAUCGACUUUGGGAGCGCUAUUAUAUUCCGGUACAACUUCAAUAGUAAACUGGAACCAGCCAAAGGCAUAGUUGGUAGUGAUCCAUAUUUGGCUCCUGAGUUGCUGACGCAGCUGUAUUAUGACCCAAGUGCGGCUGAUGUAUGGUCUAUCGCAGUCAUGUUUUACUGUAUGUCCCUGAGAAGGUUUCCGUGGAAAAAGCCAAGUGAAGAUGUCCCAUCAUUUAAACUUUUCUGUCAGAAACCUGACGAUGAAAAUGACCACAGUAAAGGGCCUUAUAGACUAUUGAAGCUGCUACCGCGUGCGACUCGGCUGUUAAUCAGCCGCAUGCUUGAGUUAGACCCAAAGAAGAGGGCAUCAAUCACUGAGAUAAUUCAGGAUCCAUGGUUCUUAUCUAUAGAGGCAUGUGAUAAGGACCUGCUGGCAGUACAUCCACCUGAUACACAUACACACCACCUGGUCACAGAGGAAGAACUGCGAAUACUGAACGCGGAACAAAAGGACAAGGUGUCGGAGAAAGAGAAGGCUUCAUGA